AUGUUGGCGGAGAAGGCGCUGUGGAGACUUCCGGGUUUGCGGGGCACGUGGGCGGGCCACCCUGGAGGACCUCGGGGCGUGCUUGUGGUGGUGGGGGAAACCAAACACGCAUGUGCAGGGGCGGCAGUAUCCAAGAGGGAUGACUUCCUAUUUGUCAGUUUGGAUAAGCUUUUGCUAGAAUUUGUUUUCCAGUAUGAGCAAGAUAAAAGUGCUAAAGAAGAUACGAUUCACCGAAUUAAUGAGUGCCUUGAAAAUAUUAAGGAAAACAAAGCAGCUAUUUGUAAGAUAAAUGAAACUAUAAAGACUACAGAUGAGGAAAUUGAUUAUUACCAUAAACAUAGUAAGGAGAUCCAGGACAGUUGUAAUAAUUGGAAACCUACCUGUGAUGUCUUUCAUAAACAUGAAGACUAUAUGCAGAAUCAGUUUGCUACUUAUCAACGAACUAUUGAGAAAGACAAAAAAAUGUAUGAUGAUAAUUUAUGUGAAUAUAAAGAAGUUUUGAAGCAACACCAGCUGAAAUACUCAAAAAUACCCCUUUCAUAUGAAUAUUAUGAGAAGAAAAGAGAGCUGGAAGAAAUUCAGAGCCGAGUGUUGGCAUGGACCGAACAACUGAAAAGGAACGAAACUCUUUUCAUUGAGCUUUCAGUGCCUCCUCCCUUUCCAUCACUUACUAAAUGGACAUUACAUCUGGUUAAUUUGAGAGUUAAAACACAAGCUAUUCUCAAGCAAGCCAACAACAUCUCAAGAGGCUCGUCUGAACUGAAGAAAAAAGUAAAAGACAUGGAAAUAGAAAUUAAUUGCAUAAAUCAGCACAUUGCAAAACUUUAUGAAACUAAUAGUCUUUUAGAAACUCCAGAAGAAAAAAAUAAAAAUACAGAAAAGAGAAAGGAAUUGGAAGAAAGAAUUUUUGAAAAAGAUGAGCAUGUGCUUGCAAUGAAUAAAAUUCCUCAAAGCAAUCAAUUACUUCCUCCUCACGAAUCACAGAAAUCAGUCAGACCAAUAAAGAUGAACUCUUCAGAAGCAAGAGUUCCAGAUAAGAAAGAAGAAUGUUUUAUGAAGUGGUCAAAGCUUCCUAAUAUUGACUUCGGACAAAAAGAGAAUGAUACUCAGGUAUUUAAUGAUUCGUCUAUGAUUAAGCAUUCAGAAUCUCCACAUAUUAAGACUAUUAAGAGCUCACAGGAUCUUAUGCAGUUCAGAUUAUUAACCCCACAGAAAAAAUCAAGUUGCAAUCAAUGGUAUGAAAAAAGAGAUGCAGAUGCUGAGUCUGGAGAUAAAGGGACAGGAAAACAAUUAAGAGAAUCAAAAUGUUCUUCACAAGUUAUAUGUACAGAAGAAUUGGUGAAGCCUGUAGAAAGUAAUAGUGAUGAAGUAGAAGAAAGGACUAAGAGUCUUUCAAAAACUCCUGAAAUUCCUAUAUUUUUAAGAACUUCUGAAACUACAAAAACACCUGAGUCUUUGGAGAAAAUACUGUUCUCUAAAACUCCACCAUCUGAAAUUAACAGAAAUGCAAAUGAAGUACCUGGAGGUCAGACAAGAAAGGAUUCUCCUGGAUUUUCUUUCUUUCCGAUUUGCACUUCUAGAUCUCCUGGGUUGAAUUUAUUUGGUUCUUCUAUCUUUGAUUCCGAAAUGUCAUCAGUUCAGUUUGAUGAAAAUCCUGCAGUAAAUAUAAAUCCUCUCUCAUCAUCUCAACAAGAAAUUGGAAAUUUAUUUGGGAAAUCAGAAGGAGAAGAUACCUUUACAUUUUCAUUUUCAGCGGACUCUUCAACGCACACAUUUGAAACUAAAAAAGACGAUUUUAGUUUUCCAUUUUCAUUUGAACAGAAUGAAAGCACGAUGCCUUCUACUGUAAAACAUUUUUCUUCACCAAGUAUUUCCUCACAGAAUUCAACACAGUUUUCUUUUUUUUGA